GUUAUCCAUGGCCGCCGCUGCUUCCUCCGCUGUACUCCUCCUCCCAAACUCGCGAGCUCCCGCCGCGCUGUCGCGGAGGAGGGCUCCGGUUCCGAGGAGGGGCUUCGUUGUUGGGUUCGAGGGGCGGAGUAGGAGGGGAGCCGCGGGGACCGUGCGAGCUUGCUUCAAUCCUCCCGGGGACGAACGCAUCCUCCGGGAGGCCUUGAAGGGGCUAAGCAGGUUGUUGGGAGGUGCUUUCCAACUAUCUUAAUCAGUAAUGAUGGAUAGCAAGACUGGUCUGCAGAAUAUCCUUUGCCUGUAACAUGGUUUGGCUUUCUUGCCUUCCUGAUGAAGCUUGCUUCUGGAAUCCGGACAUGCUGAUUAAAUGCAUACCUUUUCUUAUAUACAUUUAUGUAUGAAUAUGACUGAAAGCUAUCCUAGUCCUACAAUCCUAUGCAUGAGUGUGGUUGAAUGAUCUCGGUAGCAGGGUUUACCUUACCGCGCGGUUACCGGGCUUACCACGGUAACCUCCUUAAAUUCAAAUAAAUUUUAAAAAUAAUUUGAAUUUUUGAUAAAUUUUGCACGGUUUUUCACGGUUACCGCGGUUAUCGUGCUUACCGCCGGGGCGCGGUAACCCCGGCCCCGGCGGUUUAGGAAACCCUGCUCGGUAGUUGUAGAAUUAGAACGAACUCAAUGAAUAUAUUACCUAUUUGCAUUUUGCUUGCUCUAAAGAACCACACUAUAAUAUAAAACCCACACUCUUCAGGAUAGAUGAAAUAAGUUGUCCUAGUUAAAACUGUGUAUAUAAUGAACCAGGUGUCUUGACAUGCCUCUUUCUGUACACCUGUCUUUUACUGGCGUAUGAAAAGAAAAUUGUACUACAAUCAAGCAAACAACUUGACCAGGCGGCGAUGCACCCUUCUCUAGCCGACGUUCACAUCAGCAAGCAUGCCGGAACUAUUACAAGGAAAGGCAGGCCGAUUAAUUGCUAAGCUGUUCCGUCCAUGGUUCACACUUCACACCUGGGCUGCCUGUUCAUCAUCACGCGUUUGAUGUUCACUGCAAAUUAGGUAGUUCAUGCAAAUGCUUCCAUGCCUUCGUUUGAUCGCUGCAAUGACCCUCCUAUAUAAGAGGGUAACAGUAUUCACAUGAGAACUCAUGUGUACCGCUGUAACAUCACGAGGUGUGACAGCCAUGACGAGAUCAUGCUUCCUGAUAGUGCUCCUGCUCGCCGUUGCCAUGGGUGGUAGCAAGCUCUCGCUCGCCGCCGGCGAGAGCGGCGGUGGCGGCAUCCCGACCACCCUCGGCCGCGAGCUCAGGGAGCUCAUCUCCAAGGCCAGCGACUUCCUCGGCGCGGCGCCGCGCCGGGCCGGAGCGGACGGGUGGCACGCCGCCGCGGCCACCGGCGACGGCGCCGACGCGAUCAGGGCGUCCCUGAGGAGCACGGCGAGGGGGAGGCCGGCGAGGAAGUCCGCCGCGAACUGCAUCCCCGCCGACAUGUGCCGGAAGAAGAAGGUGCUGUGCGGCAAGAGGUGCUACAGGUCGAGCUCCAGUAGCAGCCUCAGCCACAUCCCGUCCACCAAGUGCGUUGUCAAGUGCAAGAAAUGCGUGCCCACCUGCUAGAUUUUCCUCCCUUGUACCGAGAUUCCAUUCCGCGGGUUGCCCCGGGGCCUCACCUCACGAUCGAUACCCAUUCCUGUUCCUCGUCGUGAUGUUAACUCUCCACAAUUUACUUUCCUAUAUAUAUAGAUUCAGUUGAAUAAGCAGGCAAGUCUCAUGCACGAGGUAGAUAGGCAGGAGUUAUAGAAUUUGCUAAGUCGGAUAUAAUUUUUCGCCCUCGUACUA